AUGGACCUGUAUUUGAAAGAGUAUGUCUGUUUAAAUGCAUGUAAAGUUGCAUUUGCAAAAUUCUGUAGACCUUUAAUAGGUCUGGAUGCAUGCUUUUUGAAAGGUGACUAUGGUGGACAAUUGUUGGCAGCAGUUGGGAGUGAUGGGAAUAACCAAAUAUUUCCCAUUGUAUAUGCUGUUGUAGAAGCUGAGACUAAGGAUUCUUGGGAAUGGUUCAUAAAUCUUCUCCUUGAAGACUUGCAGUCAGUUAACAAGGUUUCAUAUGCCUUUAUCUCAGAUCAACAAAAGGGACUUGUACCAGCUGUUCAAGGAAUAAGUGAACAUGUUAAGCAAAGGUUGUGUGUAAAGCAUCUAUACGGAAAUUGGAAGAAGAAAUAUUCAGGGUUGGUUUUGAAGGAGGUCUUUUGGAGUGCAGCAAGGGCUACUACCAUCCCAGAAUGGGAGAGAGCAAUGAUUAGGCUUAAAGCAUUAAAUGAAGAGGCUUGGAAAGAAGUUAAGGAAAUGCCUGCAAAAUUUUGGGACAAACCAAUUAUAAGCUUGUUAGAGGGAAUUAAACAAGACAUCACCAAGAGGAUUACAAGUCACAUGGAAAUGAUGCAAAAGUACAGUGGAGUGAUAUGCCCUAAUAUCCAAGUUAUUAUUGAAAAGAACAAGAAGAAUGCUCAUGGAUGGACUCCUACUUGGCAUGGUGUUGAUGACAUGGCAAUAUUUGGAGUAACUAAUGGGAGAGACACUUUCUGUAUCAAUCUCAAAGAGGGAACAUGUUCAUGCAGGAAAUGGAUGUUGAAUGGGAUUCCUUGCAGCCAUGCAAUCUCAUGUAUGUGGGAAAUGAAGAAAUCUCCAGAAGAUUAUGUUGAUGAUUAUUACAAGACUGCUAAAUAUUUGGAGUGUUAUGGCAACAUCAUAUAUCCAACUAAUGGACCACAGUUGUGGCCUGUUAUGGAUGGAGAAGUUGCAGUCAACCCACCCUUGAUGAGAAGGGCUAUUGGGCGCCCAAAAAAGAUGAGGAACAAGUCAAAUGAUGAGCCAAGAAACCCUAAUGUGCUGCCAAGGACUUUGUCAACAGUCUCAUGCAGGAAAUGUGGAGCUGUUGGGCAUAGCAUAAGAAGUUGCAAGGGUAAAAGAGCUGCAGAUAGAUCUAUACCUGUUGGUGGAAACAAGAAGGCAAAAACUAUAAAGGCUAAAGGAAAGGCUACUGCAAAGGUUAAGGAUGCUAAGAGUAAAGGAGAGGCUGCUGCAAAGGUUAAGGCUACUAGGAGUAAAGGAAAGGCUACUACAAAGGUUAAGGCUACUAAGGCUGCAAAGACUAAGACAAAUGCAUCUGAGAUUGCUUCAUCAUCCCAGGGUCCACCUGCAACACAACCCACUCAAGAAUAG